AUGGCUCCUCCCCCCGCCAACUCCCCCGAACGCGUCGCAACCAUCAUGCUAUCAUGGCACUCUCUCGAACUCGUCUCGUGCAGCACCCUACAGACAUUAUGGGCAGGGUAUGGACGUAUAUGUGCCAUCAAUGCCCGCGCAACGACCGAAAACGCAGCUCGGAAACUCGACAAGCUUUGCGGGCUGGACUCAGGCGUCGCAGGGACCAUAUACCCGCUCGUCCUGAAGCUCAUAUCACCCCCAAGGAAUAACGCCAGAAAUGGGGAUGAAGGACAUCUGCGGAAAAUGCUGAGCUACGAGGUGGAGCAAUAUUUCUACACUGAUGUGGUACCGCUGCUGGGUGACAAUGUUGGCGUUGCCAAGUGCCUUGCCUCGACGCGUGGCAUGCAUGACGACCGUGAGGGCGAAAAGGAACUUGGAGGUCUGAUGGCUACUAUUAUGGUUGAUCUGCGCCCGAAGUUUCCCGUCGCUGGGGGAAAGAGGAGCGCUUUGAAUCGCACACAAGUACAGGGGGCACUAGACUGGCUUGCGGGAUUCCACGGCCGCUCGUUGGGGUUGAAGCCGGAUACCCUUGAUAAAUAUCUCUUGCCACCCCUUGAGGAAUUCAAUAGAAGACAGAGCCUAGAAAAGGCUGGGAGUAGCUUAUGGCUCAAUGGAGGAUAUACAUAUCUUGCGACACGACGUACAGAGUACGCUUCCCUGGUCGAUGACGACUCGGAGUGGUCAGAAGCACUGUGCAGCACUUUCGAAGGCACCUCAUUGUCCGUAGCCGAAACGGCUGCACUUUUCUUAAAACCGUGUGGAAGGCCGUUUGAGUCUUAUAUUCAUGGCGAUGUCAAGUCGGAGAAUCUUUUCACGACUACUAACGGAAAGGACGUGGCGUUCUUUGAUUUCCAAUACGUCGGACUUGGCCUUGGGGUGUGCGACCUUGCCAAGCUUUUCACGUGCUCGGUCCCUUUACAUAUACUUAUUGAUGGGCAUGAACCUUUACCCAAUAAACUGACCAUGCGUGAAGGAGAAAGGCAGCUGCUGGAGCGGUACCGCGCCUGUCUCCUCCAAAACAAGACUGCUGACCCGUAUGAAUGGGAAACGUUCAAGCGACACUGGGAAACGGCCCUGGUUGACUGGUGUAGAUUCCAGGCGUCUUGGGGCUUCUGGGGAAACACUGAGUGGCUUGAGGCCCGCGUGAGAUCAAUCCUGAGCGACCGGAAGUGGAGAGACUGGCUUCAUGAAAAUACCAGCGGUCGAAACUGUCAACCGAAGUAG